ACACAUCCCUUCAGGUCUGGGUACUCGCUGGUCUUGGGGGGCAAUCACUUCUUCUUAAGCCUACAAACAGCAGUAAAGAGCAGUCAUGCCUUUCGGGAACAACCAUAACCUUCUGAAGCUGAAAAACUCUGUGGAAGAUGAGUUCCCCGACCUGAGUCUCCACAACAAUCACAUGGCCAAAGUGCUGACCCUGGACCUGUACAAGAAGCUGAGAGACAAGCAGACCCCCAGUGGAUUUACUGUGGAUGAUGCCAUUCAAACUGGGAUCGAUAACCCAGGACACCCCUUCAUUAUGACCGUGGGAUGUGUUGCUGGUGAUGAGGAGUGCUAUGAGGUAUUCAAGGAUCUGUUUGACCCCAUCAUCGAGGACAGACAUGGAGGAUAUAAGCCAACUGACCAGCACAAGACGGACUUGAAUUCUGAAAACCUGAAGGGUGGUGAUGAUCUGGACCCAAACUACGUCAUCAGCUCCCGUGUCCGGACCGGGAGGAGCAUUCGUGGCUUCUGCCUCCCUCCUCAUUGCAGCCGCGGCGAAAGGCGAGCAAUUGAAAAGCUGUCCAUCGAAGCUCUUGCUAACCUGGAUGGUGACCUGAAAGGAAAAUAUUACGCCCUGAAAAGCAUGACCGAUCAAGAACAGCAGCAGCUUAUAGAUGACCACUUCCUCUUCGACAAGCCGGUGUCUCCUCUGCUCCUGGCCUCUGGAAUGGCCCGGGACUGGCCUGAUGCCAGGGGGAUCUGGCAUAACGACAACAAGACCUUCCUCGUCUGGAUCAACGAGGAAGACCACCUACGUGUGAUUUCCAUGCAGAAGGGCGGAAACAUGAAAGAAGUGUUCAAGAGGUUCUGCGAUGGCCUGACCACUAUUGAAUCCCUCUUCAAGAACAAAGGGUACGAGUUCAUGUGGAACCAGCACCUCGGUUACAUCCUGACCUGCCCGUCGAACCUGGGAACCGGUCUGCGCGCCGGCGUUCACGUUAAGCUGCCGAACCUCAGCAAGAACGACAAGUUUGGCGAAAUCCUCAAGAGGCUAAGGCUCCAAAAGCGAGGAACCGGUGGUGUAGACACAGCAGCCGUAGGCGGCGUCUUUGAUAUAUCCAACGCCGACCGCCUGGGCUUCUCCGAGGUCGAACUGGUCCAGAUGGUCGUCGACGGGGUGAAGCUCCUUGUUGAGAUGGAAAAGCGCUUGGAGAAGGGCCAGUCCAUCGACGACCUGAUUCCGGCGCAGAAAUAAACGCACUUUAAUAGCCAUGCUUUCUAAUUUAUUGGACGACCAAUAGCAUCACUGAGUGAGACCUCCGGACCCGACUCCUGCUUAGUAACACUGUAGAGAUCGUCUUCCAUCCGUUCAUGUUUUUUAGAGAUUUUUCUUUUUGAUGGCUGCAAUGUUACUGAAAAUAGAAAAUAAAACGGUCUUGCCUUGA